AUGAGUUUAAAACCCUUCACCUACCCGUUUCCAGAGACAAGAUUUCUUCAUUCAGGAUCCAGUGUAUAUAAAUUCAAAAUCAGAUAUGGUGACAGCAUUAGAGGGGAAGAUAUAGAAAAUAAGGAAGUCAUCGUCCAGGAGCUGGAGGUCCCUGCUGAGAGGAAGGCAGCAAGAGCCAUGAAGAAGAAACGAAAGCGCAUGGAAUUGUCUGUCUCUCCCAGCAGACCAGGCCUGGACAGGGCCAAGAUGAGGACUUCUAGCCAAGGUCCCAGCAAAAAGAAGUUCCUCAUGGAAACCAGCAGGAACAUGGAAAGAAACACCCAGCAGAAAUGUCAGGAGACUCCAGCAUUUGAUGGCACUGAUGUCCAGGAACAGGGUUCUAGGUGGGAGGACAACCUAGCGGGGGAGAUUACCCCACCAGUGCAGCAAAGCAAUCCGCCUCCACCUGCAGGACCCACAGACCUGGGGACCAGUGGCUUCUUUGGGUUUUUGAGCUCUCUCUUCCCGUUCCGGUAUUUCUUCAGAAAGAGCAGCCAGUGA